CGCGCCUCAAUGCGAAGGCCGGACUGGACGGGUUUCCCCAGCAGUUAGUGUAGUGUGGUGGCGGUGGCAAGCAAGGGUCACUCAGUCAGUUAGUACACUCUGUGGCGACGCGUCCACAACACAGCCAUGAUCGUGAAUAUCCUCCUCGUAGCAAUACUGGCAUGUGCGAGUUUAGCAGACAGCCAAGCACUAAACUGUUCCGAGCUAGACAGAGUCACGGCAGACGUCACGACCAGAGCUGACCAUGCACAAACCAGAGGAGACAAGUUCGACGAGUUUGAUUGGCGGUUGAGCAAGGAGCUGAAUGCAGUAGAGCAUGGGCACGGUAACAUCGUGAUAUCACCCAUCAGCCUGAAGGUCGUGCUAGCCAUGCUGUACGAGGGAGCUAGGGGCACGACAGCCCAACAGAUCGGAGACGCUCUAGACCUCGUCAACACCACCGUGGCCCGCCGCCGCAACACCCGCGACCGCUUCUCUGCCAUCCUCACAUCUUUGCAGACAUCAGAGGGCGAGUACAAGAUCAAGAUAGGAACUCACGUUUUUCUCGACAAGAACGCAGAGGCCAAGAAUCUGUACCUGUGCAAGCUGCGCCGGUACUACAAUUCGGCCCUGGAAAAGGUGGACUUCAGCGACACAGCUGCGGCUAUCAGUGCCAUCAACAACUGGGCCAGCAACGUUACUGAGGGGCAUAUCCAGCAUCUUGUCUCCGAAGCUGAGGCUCACUCCAACACCGUCAUGCUUUUGCUGAAUGCAGUUUACUUUAAUGGAUUAUGGGAGAUUCCUUUCCCUGACAACCAGACAGCAACUGGUCCCUUUUACAUAAACGACACACAUACAGUCGAUGUUGAACUCAUGAACACUACCGACAAGUUCAAGUACUACGAUAUCACAGAGCUCGAUGCUCAACUCAUCAGACUGCCAUACCUGGGCAAAAAGUUUGCUAUGUACAUCUUGCUGCCAAACAACAAGACAGGUCUGGAUGCGCUGAUAAACAAUCUGGGGCCUGAGAGACCUCUAACUGACUACAUUUCCAACAUGACCAUGACCUCGAUCAACCUCAUCAUGCCCAAGUUUGAGUUUGACUUCACUACCAGCUUGCGUCCUAUUUUGGAAAAGAUUGGGCUUGUGGACAUGUUCACCUCUGCUGCUGACCUAUCAGACAUUGCCGAGACCAAGAGUGGCAGUCUUGUCGUCUCCAAUGUCCUACAGAAGGCCGGCAUAUCCGUCACUGAGAUCGGCACUGAGGCGUAUGCAGCAUCAGCUGUGGAACUCAUGGACAAAUUUGGAGGCGAAGAGGAACCCAUUGAGAUUAGGGCAGAUCACCCGUUCAUGUUCUUCAUAGAAGAGGAAAGGAUCAAAACAACAGUAUUUGUGGGCAAAGUUAUAAAUCCAGAGAAAACUAAGGUUGUGGAUGACAAACUGAACGUUCCAACAGGAGACACGACCCCACCUGCUGAGUGUUCCGGGGCAUCGUGCACAGCCCUGGAUAACAGGAUAGGUGACGAGAAAGAAGCUCUUCAAACAAGAUUUAAUUUUUUCGAUGCUGAUCUUUUAAAGGAACUGAGCAAGUCUAAUAGGGGCAACUUCCUGGUAUCCCCCGCAAGUAUCAAGACUCUGCUAGCUCUGGUGCUGGAAGCCGCUGAUGGCUCAACCUUUACAGAAAUACGCAAUUUGCUAAGGUUAUCUGACAACAUUACAGACGCCAGGAUGCAACUAGGAGACCUACAGACUGCUCUGCAGAGAUCUGUUUCUUCAAGAGUGAUUGUUGAUUGUGUUGCUCAAGCAUUUGUAUCCAAAGCCCUUGUAACAAAUGACACCUACACAAGGAUAAUAAAAGACUACUAUGAUGCAGAAGUAAAUCGCCAAGAUUUUAACCAACCCCAGAUAGUGACGAAUUACAUCAACAGCUGGAUAAACACAAGAACCAGAGGACUUAUUCCCACACUUCUGGAUCAAAGUUUCAUAACCCGAGAAACUUAUUCCAUUCUAGUCAGUGCUGUAUACUUUGAUGGGAAAUGGAAAAAAGAAUUUCAGCGACGUAAUACUAGAUCACGUUGUUUUUACCCAGAGCCGGACGUGGACUGUCAGCUAACACCUAUGAUGACUAAAACUGAGGAAUUGUUUUACAGAUUUGAUGCAUCUUUGGACGCUCAUGUUCUUCAAAUACCAUAUCAGGAAGAAAGGUUCUUCAUGGUUAUUGUGCUCCCUUUCAAGAAAGAUGGUAUAAAGCAACUGGAUUUAGAUUCUUCCAGACUUGUGUUCCCAGCUCUCAUACAGAAAAUGAAGCUCUUGGAGGUUAAUCUGACCAUGCCUCGCUUCUCCAUUGAGUUUGAAACCAAACUUUCAUCUGUAUUACAAGAGAUGGGUCUAAACGAAGUAUUCUCCCCUAAAGCAAAACUACCUUAUAUUUUCAUUAAUAAGCAGGGAAAAAUAAGUGCAAUGAUUCACAAGGCUGUGAUGGAAGUUACUGAAAAGGGGACCAAGGCCGCUGCUGGAUCUGGUGCUUCAGUUGUUCCGCUCAUGCACGGCCUAGACUCCAUCAGCCUGGAGUUGAACCGACCGUUCUAUUACUUUGUGUGUGAGGCCGAUAGUCAGGCCAUAUUGUUCAUGGGACGACUGUCAACAAUGGAAGAGACAGGAGAUCAGGAAAGAGCAGGACCAGGACCUGACUCAACUUUCGAGUCUCUGCAGUCUAAUAACCAGCUGACCACGUCAAGCAAUCAGCGUGUGCCUCCACAACCAGCCAACAAGCCUAAUCUCCAGAUAAACCCAACAGCCCAUGUGUCCCAUGGAGCCCUAAAUUACCCGUAUGACCCUGCACAAUCAUCAUCCACCACCAGAAGGCGCCAGAGAGUAUUCUGAUUUUAUAACAAGUGCCAUUCAAAUGGAUGAAGAAUAUGAUGAUCCAUACUUUACCAUUAUGAAGAUGAAAAUAUGUAACUUUUAGUGGAUUAAAUCGACAGUGGCUGUGUUGCGAAUGUUGAUGAUUAGCCAAUAAAUUAUUUUGAUACAAA